UCGUUAGAAAAUAAUCUGCAAUGGUUGCUAAGGUCAAAGAAGGCUGAAGUUAGUUUGUAAGUUAGUCGGUCAGUCAGUCAAUCGUGCAUCGGCGACCGAAAAUAGUCGAAUUUGUAACACUCUUAUGUUCUCUUAUGUUCUUAUAAAUUUGUGACUUCUAAUUCUGUGAUACCGUAACAAUUACAAAAUGGCUACUGAAGCGAAGAAGAGAAUAUGCAUCGUUGGAAGUGGCAAUUGGGGAUCAGCCAUUGCAAAAAUUGUGGGCGCCAACGUCCAAAAGUACAACAACAAAUUUGAAACACGCGUGACGAUGUACGUCUACGAAGAGAUAGUGAAUAAUCAAAAGUUGACCGAUAUCAUAAAUCAAUUGCACGAAAAUGUAAAAUACCUUCCUGGACACAAGCUUCCAGAAAACAUUGUCGCCGUUCCAGACGUUGUCGAGGCCGCAAAAGAUGCGGACAUCCUCAUAUUUGUGAUACCACAUCAAUUUAUAAGAACAUUAUGCGCGACGUUGCUCGAUAAAAUUAAACCAACCGCGGUUGGUCUAUCAUUAAUUAAGGGUUUCGAUCGAGGAGAUGGAACGAACAUCGAACUGAUCUCCAAAAUCAUCGAGAAACAUCUAAAAAUUCAAUGCUAUGUUCUAAUGGGCGCAAAUUUGGCCAACGAAGUCGCGGAAGAAAAGUUCUGCGAAACUACUAUUGGUUGCAGAGAUAAACGAUUAGCACCGUUAAUGAGAGAUCUAAUUCAAACUCCCAACUUCCGAGUAGUCGUUGUCGACGACUGCGAAGCUGUCGAAGUAUGCGGUGCUUUGAAAAACAUUGUAGCAUGCGCUGCUGGCUUCGUAGAUGGUCUAGGGCUCGGCGACAACACGAAAGCAGCCGUCAUCAGAUUAGGACUGAUGGAAAUGGUUAAGUUUGUAGAUACUUUUUACAGUGGCUCGAAACUUUCGACAUUCUUCGAAAGUUGUGGUGUAGCAGAUUUAAUAACUACUUGCUACGGAGGAAGGAAUCGCCGAGUUUGCGAACAAUACGUAAAAAGUGGCAAGACUAUUAAACAACUCGAGGAUGAGCUCUUAGGUGGACAAAAAUUGCAAGGGCCAGCCACAGCUGACGAAGUUCACGGAAUGUUGAAAGGUCGCAAUUUGAUAGAGAAAUUUCCUUUGUUCACCGCGGUACAUCGUAUCUGUACCGAUCAGAUAAGACCAGCAGAUUUACUCGAUCAAAUUCGUAAUCAUCCUGAACAUGUGAUGAGGUUGGAAGGCGUUCAAGAAUAGUUGAAUGUUGAACGAAAUGUUUGAUAUGAAAUUAUUUUCAUGUUGCUAUCAAGCUUAGAAAUAUUGUACGUAUGUACAUACAAUAUUGUAUAUAUUUUAUUAGUGUUAAAUUACAAAUAAAACCAUCUGAAUUGACA